UCUAAUUCACUUCAGUACUGGCUGCCAGUGGAGUCAGAAAAGUCAUGGCUGAGGAGAAGGACCAGCCAGGAGCCACCUUUGACGACCAGCCACUACCUGAUGUCUACCCUGAACCACAUACAGAGAACAGUGCUGUUCUGAAUGGAGAAGCAGAGGAGGACACCUCUGCUGUGACCACAGAGGAAAGCACCAAAGAUCAGUCAGUAAAAAGCAGCCCGAACCUGCUGGAGAUGCUGAAGGCAGCAGAGAGCAGGCGGGCACUUCAGGAUCAGGACAUGGCCAAGGCAGAGCCAUCUGAGACUGAGACAGAAGAGAUGGUGACUGAAGGUCGGAAGACUGACAUGCAAAUUCAGCUCACUGACCAGAAGCAGGAAUUCAACAAACAUCCCACCAAGACCGGUCGUCGCUCUCUGUCUCACUCCAUUUCACAGUCGUCUACAGACAGCCACAGUUCAGUGGGCAGUGACAGCUCCGAGGAUGGGUCUUCUCCGAGAGACAAGCUUCAGAAGACCUCGAAGGGCUUUUCGGACUUCUGCAUCAAAAACAUCCAACAGGCAGAAUUUGGACGUAGAGCAAUAGAAAUUGCACAGCAAGAAAUGCCAGCGCUGAUGGCCCUGAGGAAAAGAGCGAGUGGAGAGAAACCUCUGGCUGGAGCCAAAGUGAUGGGCUGCACACACAUCACUGCACAGACAGCGGUGCUGAUCGAGACACUGUGUGUGUUGGGGGCUCAGUGUCGCUGGGCAGCCUGUAACAUCUUCUCCACCCAGAAUGCCAUAGCUGCUGCUCUGGCUGAACGCGGCAUCCCAGUGUUUGCAUGGAGAGGAGAAUCAGAGGAUGACUUCUGGUGGUGUAUCGACCGAUGCAUCAGUGCUGAGACCUGGCAGCCCAACAUGAUUCUGGAUGAUGGAGGCGACCUUACCCACUGGAUCUAUAAGAAGCACCAGAGUCUGUUCAAGAAGCUGAAAGGCAUCGUAGAGGAAAGUGUUACAGGCAUCUAUCGAUUAUACCAACUGUCGAAGGCAGGCAGGCUGUGUGUCCCAGCCAUGAAUGUUAAUGACUCGGUGACCAAGCAGAAAUUUGACAACCUUUACUGCUGCAAGGAGUCCAUACUGGAUGGGUUGAAGCGAACCACUGACAUCAUGUUUGGAGGAAAACAGGUGGUGGUGUGUGGAUACGGUGAGGUUGGAAAAGGCUGCUGUUCUGCCCUGAAAGCAUUGGGUGCUGUCAUAUACGUCACAGAAGUGGAUCCUAUCUGUGCCCUGCAGGCCUGCAUGGACGGCUUCAGAGUGGUUAAACUGAAUGAAGUGAUCAGACAGGUAGACAUGGUCAUCACUUGCACAGGCAACAAAAACGUGGUGGGGAGGGAACAUCUGGACCGAAUGAAGAACGGCUGCAUCAUUUGCAACAUGGGACACUCCAGCACUGAGAUAGAGUUGACGAGUCUGCGGACUUCAGAGCUGAGGUGGGAACAUGUGAGGCCUCAGGUGGACCAUGUUUUCUGGCCUGAUGGCAAGAGAAUCGUCCUGUUGGCUGAGGGUCGUUUGCUGAAUCUGAGCUGCUCCACGGUGCCUUCACUUGUCCUCUCCAUCACAGCUACAACUCAGGCUCUGGCUCUCAUAGAGCUGUACGGCGCUCCAGAGGGACGUUACAAACAGGACGUGUACCUGCUGCCAAAGAAGAUGGAUGAAUUUGUGGCCAGUCUUCACUUGGCAACAUUUGACGCUCACGUCACAGAGCUUACUGAAGAACAGGCCAAGUACCUGGGCAUCAGCAAACAUGGACCCUUCAAACCAAACUACUACAGGUAUUAAAGCUGAGAGACAGAGGCUCUUCAGACCUCACAGUCGUGCAGACACGGACGCCCUCUACAGUCUGAAUCUUAUAUUACGGAGCGACAGUGGAUGAGGACUUCAAACUUUAGCUCACUGAUUUGUCUGUGUUUGUGCAGUUGUUUUAUGUGUUGUUGUAAAUGUUCACAGUAUCCAGAAUGAAAUCACAGUGAAUUCUGAUUUUUGAUCCUCCGCUUAUGGUAAUGACAAUACAGUUAAUGGAUUGGUGCAGCAAUCAUAUUUUUAACUGAUUACAUGUUGAAAUCUCAAGUGAUUCAUUGAAUAUUUGCUGAUUAUCAGAGA